AUGGAAAGGAGUCUACUAAACAUACAAAGACAACAUCGGAAGAGAAAUACAGAAAUAAGGAAAACAACAAAAAUAAUAGACGCUUUAGACAAAAAUGUAAUUGGGCGGGUCUUACUGCUCGCAUGGACAACGAAAAAUGGACACCAAGGCCUUCCCGAGUCCAACGACAUACCAACUAAUAAUCAAGAAACAAAAGCAAUUGAUCUAACGCAUGAUACCGAUGUAAAUUAUCUUCCAAACAUCGCAAAUCUCUCUGAAGAAGAGAGAAGAGAUAUUGAAAUACGUUCAAGAGAUAGAUAUAUACCAUUAAAUGAAAGUAAUGACAAUGAUGGAAAGAGUACCAAAGAGCCUAAAGAAUUUGAACCUAAUGUAGAAAGUGAAGUUAGAUUAAAUAAAAUUAAAGAGAAUUUAAAUAAAGUUGAAAAUGAAUUUCAGAAUUUUAGAGGCGAUAGAAAAACGCGUGAUACUUUUUACAUAAAAACAGAUGAAAUAGAUAAUAUACAAGAAUCAAUAGAUAAUAGGGUUAAAAGACAAAUAAUGUCGCAAAUGGCUGAUUUCUCGUCUGUGAAGAGAGUGGAGCCGAUGGUAUUUUUGGAUGGUAUACGUGUGGAGGAGGCUGAGAAGGAUCCGAAGAUUUUGGAUGAUGGCGUGCCCAGUGUGCUGGCUGAAACAAAGGUUACAUUGCGGCUCUUCGGCCAAGGCCUGACGCCCAGAACGGUGAUAGCUUUCACUCAUGAUGCCCUGGAGUAUGGACAGCCGUGUAAAUUUCUUCUCAAAGGAGAGUAUGUGGCAAAAGAAGACUCCGUCACACCGACAUCAGCGCUCUUCGAAUUCUGGGCUCCAUCACCAAUUAUAAGCUCGAAACUCUACAUCUGCACCAAAAACCUCAAACCGGGCAUCCUGCCCUCAGAAGACGAAGAGAAAUACCUUCAUCAGGGCACAGAGGGUUGGAAGAUUUUGGCCACACAUAAUAAGCUGAUGCCGUUGUGGGUAGCUUUGAUAUUAAUUCUGGCCUGUCUGACGUUUUCGGCGCUAUUCUCUGGUCUGAAUUUGGGCCUGAUGUCACUGGAUCGGACGGAGUUGAAGAUUAUUUCUAAUACAGGUACGGAUCAGGAAAGGAAGUACGCACGUGCCAUAAUGCCAGUACGUGAUCAUGGAAACUAUCUCCUAUGCAGUAUUCUACUGGGGAACGUGGCUGUCAAUUCUACAUUCACGAUAUUAUUAGACGAGUUGACCUCUGGAUUGUUCGCGGUGAUAUUUUCGACAUUGUCGAUCGUUUUGCUUGGUGAGAUAACGCCACAAGCGAUAUGCUCCCGACAUGGGCUGAUGAUUGGUGCACGGAGUAUUAUGGUCACUAAGGCGGUUAUGGCGCUCACGGCUCCCCUGGCAUUCCCCGUCAGUAAAUUACUGGAUUAUUUCCUUGGUGAAGAAAUUGGGAGUGUUUAUAAUAGGGAGAGAUUGAAGGAGCUGGUGAAGGUAACAACGGAUGUAAACGACUUGGACAAAGAUGAGGUGAAUAUCAUAUCUGGUGCGCUGGAGUUACGAAAGAAGACUGUUUCGAGUGUAAUGACGAAAAUGGAGGAUGUCUUCAUGCUGCCGAUAACUUCUAUAUUGGACUUUGAAACUAUGUCCGAGAUUAUUAAGUCUGGCUACUCCCGUAUCCCGGUAUAUGAAGGUCAUCGCGGUAACAUAGUGACGGUGCUCUUCAUAAAGGACCUGGCUUUCGUGGACCCAGAUGAUAACACGCCGUUGCGGACCCUCUGCCAGUACUACCAGAACUCAUGCAAUUUCGUCUUCGAAGACGUCACACUGGAUAUUAUGUUCAAGCAGUUUAAGGAAGGACACAAGGGUCACAUGGCGUUUGUUCACCGGAUUAACAAUGAAGGGGAGGGUCGAUCCCUUUUAUGA